UAAAAGUAACCAAAGAUAAAUUCCUAACUGUAGAUAUCCAAUCCUACCAACUCAACGGCUUAGAAGAACCCAUUAAUUUAACCAUUCAAUACCGAGAUGGUAAGCAAGUUCUAGUAAGAACCAAAACUGAACAAGAAGAACUAACUAAAAACUUAACCCCCGAGGAAAAGACUAAAUUAAGCUUUUUAGACCCCUCUGAAGUUGAAAAUGAUCCGUCCGAGGGUACUCAAGCUAAAGAAAUUAAUGCUGCUAAUAAGGAUUAUUUGUUUUAUAUUGCUGACCCGGGAACUACUAAUGAAAUUAAGAAAAUGGAAGUUUAUUCACCUUCUAAAGGAACAGAGGAAAGAAGUAGGCUUUAUCAGGAUGCUAAGGAGGAGUUUAGUGAACUCCGUCGAGUAUUCGGGAUUAGGCAUCUUACUAGUAAAAAAGAAGAUCGGCAAAAUAAUCCGGAGAUUGAGUUGAAUGAGGCUCAGUUUGUGGCUUUGGAGAGGGAUAAGUGGAGGGAGAGGGUGAAAGGUAUUAGGGAGGUUGAAGAACGACAGGAGGCUGAGGUGGAGAAAGUGAGGGAGAUUAAAGAAGAUCCUAUCCAGGAAUUAGAAGAAAAAUGA